UUCUUUUGACGUGGAAAUUAAAGUAAGAUUUCAUGAUUGAAGGCAAAACAACAAAAAUUAUUUAACGAAUGCUUCUGUGUCUAACUUUGACUUAUGGAGAUAUUAUAGCAGAUGUUCACGUGAUAUAACCAAAGAGGUGUUAUAAAGCAAAGGUAAAGAAAAACACAGAACCCAAAAGGACAACACAUUAACACGGCAUGAGAUAUUAUUUGAUACUUAUACCGCCAACGUUGAUAUCAUUAUGGACAAUAUUUCAAGUGUUGAGCGGUGCUUUAACCCGGCCUCGAUACGUCCACAAGUUUUUUCUGAUCGUAAACCAUUCAGCAUUGUUUAAAGAUUUGAUAUCAGAAAACUUUGAGAGAAGUAGAUUACAAGACUCAUUUUCAACAAAGAAAGAAAGCCUCUCAACGAUAAUUCCUAAGAAAGAAAAUAGUACAGCAUGGAAAAGUGCUGUGCAGACCGUCGUGAAUUGCUCAAAAGAUGGAAAAAAUCUUGUUGGUGAGUUGCGGAUUGAUCAAAGUAUCGUAAAGAGAAUGGAAGAUCUGGAAAAAUUAUUUUCCGUUCAAUAUGGAGGAUGGGUCAACAAUGGAGGGGAAUGGAAACCUGAAAACUGCAGAGCUAAGAAAGUAGCAAUUAUUCUUCCGUAUCGUAACCGUUAUGAACAACUGAAGAUAUUCCUUCGUCAUCUUCAUCCAAUAUUAAAAAGACAACUACUGGAUUACAGAAUAUUCAUCAUUGAACAGAAUGGAACUACGAUAUUUAACCGUGCUAUUCUGUUUAACAUCGGUUUCAUGGAGGCCCAGAAGUUCAACAAUUAUCAGUGUUUCAUAUUUCAUGAUGUUGACUUACUACCGGAAGAUGACCGCAAUAUGUACAACUGCGUAACGUCGCCACGUCACAUGUGCCCAGCGGUGGACAAGUUCUUUUAUAAGUUGCCAUACCAUGACAUCUUCGGUGGAGUUGAGGCGAUAUGGAAGCAACAUUUUGAGAAAGUGAAUGGUUUCUCCAACAAAUAUUGGGGAUGGGGAGGUGAAGAUGACGAUCUUUAUCACAGAUGCACGGCGAAAGGUCUAAAGCUUACAAGACCAAGUAUGAAAAUUGGUCGCUACAAGAUGCUUAAGAAAUAUCAUUAUGUUGACAGCAGAAAGAACCAGGGAAGGACACGGCAAUUGCUGAAUAACGCUGUAUCAAGAAUGAAAUACGAUGGCCUAAACACUUUGAAAUACAACUUACUCCAAACAGAAAGCUUACCCUUGUACACUCAUAUCAGAGUUGCUGUCAAUCAUAAGGAGGUUUAGCUGAUAGGAAAAUGAAUUUAAACAAUAGCACAAGAUGAAACUUCAUUAAGAGAACGCAAUAUAUAAGACGUAAUUUGUACUUCCUUUAUUUUAUU